CUCGCCUGCCGUCGCUGUCGCUCUCUUCGCUCCUCUCCUCUUGCUCUGUCACAUCUCUCCGCUGAAUUCUCGCGCAAAGUCCGCUAAGUGUAAACAAAUUAUACGUACGCCACUUUGCGCCGAGAGUGCAAAAAGGCCAUCAAUUGUCGCGCCACCCUCCAGCCAAAGCAGGCGACGGUAAAAUCAACCUUGUCGGCCGACGGAGCGAGCGUUUCCCAUCGUCUAUCGUUUUACAAUCUCCGACUCGAAACAGCUGCGGGACCGUCUUUUGGCAGGGAAUGCUGAGUGAAGGCCAUGAUCACAUUUAACUAAAAGCCAUCAUCAUCUCGUCUUAGGUGUGGCGAGUUAAAAUCUUUUAACCAUGUGGGCUGCGAUCAUCGGCUUGCUGUGCUUGACCAUUGGAGGAAUUUGCGCUCUGCAACAGCCCAAUGCCACUGCCGAAGACAGCACUAAAAUACCCAUCCAAAGAUAUCCCUCCCAAGAGCAGGCGAGAAAUUCGGGAAACAACAGAAUAGCGCAAAAACCAGUUGAAAAUUCCCAUGACCAAAUUCAGAGCAGAAAUCCAUUGCCCCGCACUCAAGAGCCGGCAGAAAGGAGAGGCAACAAACACAGGAAGCAGAAUUCCUUCAACAGUCCUCUGCCCACACCAGGCAUUUCGUCCAGCUCCAGUAGAAAACCAAACAUAGUUUUAAUUUUGACGGACGACCAAGACGUGGAGUUAGGUUCUCUUCAAUACAUGCCCUACACAAACAGUUUGCUGAGGCAGGAGGGAGCUGAAUUUCGCCACGCAUACGUCACCACUCCCAUGUGCUGCCCGUCUCGUUCUUCUUUGCUGACUGGUUUGCUGGUUCACAAUCACCAAGUUUUCACCAACAACGACAAUUGCUCUGGAAACGCUUGGCAAGCAAUAUACGAGACCAGAUCUUUCGCCACCUACCUUUCAAAUAAUGGAUACAGAACAGGCUACGUGGGUAAAUAUUUAAACAAGUACAAUGGCAGUUACAUUCCUCCUGGCUGGAGAGAAUGGUCAGGCUUGAUCAUGAACUCUCGCUUCUACAAUUAUUCUAUCAACAAAAACGGGAAACGCAUCCGACACGGUGACGAUUAUGCCAAGGAUUAUUACACGGACUUGAUCGCAAAUGACUCGAUUGCGUUUUUGAAGCAGUCCAAGCAGACGUUCAGCAAAAAACCUGUCAUGCUGGUUAUGAGCUUUCCUGCCCCGCAUGGCCCUGAGGAUUCGGCGCCUCAAUACAGAGAUAUGUUUUUCAACGUCACUUCUCACCACACUAAGUCUUAUAAUUAUGCGCCAAACCCGGACAAACAAUGGAUCCUUCGAGUCACUCAGCCCAUGGAGCCGAUUCACAAACAUUUCACGGACCUUUUAAUGACCAAGCGACUGCAGACGCUGCAGUCAGUAGACAUGGCUGUCAAGAGGGUUUAUGAAACUCUGCGGGACUUAGGAGAAUUGGAUAACACGUACAUUUUCUACACGUCAGAUCAUGGAUAUCAUUUAGGCCAGUUUGGUCUUGUGAAAGGAAAAAGCUUUCCUUUCGAGUUUGACAUCAAAGUUCCUCUUCUUGUCAGGGGACCAGGGAUCGAUCCAGGCACCAUCAUUGAUGAUGUUGUCCUAAAUGUAGACUUGGCCCCCACAUUUCUGGAUCUCUCGGGCGAAGACCCUCCAGGCCACAUGGAUGGCAAGUCUAUAAUUCCUUUGCUGCUUAAAAGUUCCAAUCGAUCCAGGCGGAAACAUUUUAAGUCUUGGCCGGAUACGUUCCUAAUCGAGAGUAGCGGAAGGAGAGAAAAUUAUGGCAAACCUUCUAUGAGUAAAACUGAUAGACUAAACAAAGAGUGCAAGUCACCUGUGUUGCAGGCGCCUUGCCAGCCACGACAGAAAUGGUACUGUGUCAAAGACAAUGGAAGAUGGCGGAAACACAAAUGCAAAACGUCCGGCGCAAACCGUGGCGGUACACGCAAGGUGAGCCGCAGAAAGUGUACUUGCUUCCCUCCAAGUUUGAUUAACUCGGGACACCUGAUGUUCCCGCUUAACAAAUCUGAGCAGCAAGUGCAGAGGAAAUUUUUACGCAGCCACCUCCCGCCUUCGCAUCAUCAAGCAAUGAUGAGAACUGGAUUUGUAAAAACUCCUCUUCUCAGACCUCAGCGGUCAAUCCGGCAAAAGCGCAGACGGCGCCGUGGGAAGCGCAAUUUGAUGGGGGUGAUCGACGCGGUGGUCGGCGGUGUCACGAAGCAAAUGCACGAUUUGAUUCAAGAGAGCAACGCAACGGCGGAGUUCGCAGUCACGGACAUAGUGACUGCCACGCCUAACACGACCAGAACGGAGGCUGCAAAGUGUCGAGUCACUCUCCAGGGCACAGUGAAUUGCAGCCCUUCCGUCUAUGGCAAUAGCAAGCAGUGGAGGCGUUCUAAACAAGACAUUGAUGCAAAGAUUGCUGAGCUGAAAGAGCAGCUAGAGUCAUUGAAGGAAAUUCGCAAACAUCUACGCGAGAAGAAGCCUCAAAUUAACACGCCUGUUGAAGAGAUCGAACCAGAGGAGGACGAGUCUGAAGAAGGCAAUGACGACGACGGCGAUGAGAACGAUGAUGAUAAUGACGACGACACCGAUGAGGAUGAGGAGGAAGAGGGAACCGAAGGGGAAGACGACCUGACCAAAGAAUUUCCAAUUAUAACUACUGCUCCAACGACGACAACAACCAAAGCAACGCCAACCCAGCGGCUGCACCAUCCAAAACUUUCACCAACGACUGCGAGGACAACGCUCAACACCACCUUAUUUGCUGGUUCGAGCGGCACGAAUCAUAUCAAUGGUUUUUUUGCUAAUCGAAACGGAAAUGUCUGCAUCUGCCACCCAGAUACUGUUGCCGAAGAGCGGCGUCGGGCCAAAGAGCAGCGGCAGUUGAAAAAGGAGCGGAAGCUGCGUCGCAAGUCCCGUCUAGACCUGGAAUGUUUGCACGAGAGGAUGAACUGCUUCAGCCACGACAACGACCACUGGAAGACGGAGCCGCUUUGGAGGGAAGGUCCGUUCUGCGUGUGCAUGAAUGCCAACAACAACACCUACUCGUGUCUGCGCACCAUCAACGCCACGCACAACUUCCUCUACUGCGAGUUCACCACGGGCCACAUCACCUACUACAACUUGCGUACCGAUCCGUACCAGCUGUUCAACGAGGCGCACAAACUGCUUCCCACGGAACUGACCACCCUGCAGGCAAGGCUGGCUCAGUUGAAGGACUGCAGAGGUGCGCUCGAGUGCAGGAACAACAACCCUCCGCGGCCCAUCAAUCCCGAGGUUUUCCGGCGCAGAAAACCAGGUAACUGAUAACUUGUACAUUCCUCGCUAAUUUACUCGCGCAAACAGAACUGACUAGUUUGAAAUAAUUUUAACUAAUUAAUAGCGUAUCAUUUAGCUUGCUGCAACGCAAUCUCACUCAAAAACACGACAUUCCGCAUCUAGACUUAACUCUUCUAAAGCCGAACUAUUGGUUUUAAGCGCCGCUCUUGCAGUUACUCUCGCGCAAAAUGUCAAUUAAUCUCCUGCCCAAAAUAUAUUGUAUCUUAAAGCAGAGAGGAUUGUUUUGUAUGGAUACGUCUCUUUUAUCAUCGCCAUACGCUGUCGAGACGGCAUAAAUAUAAUUUUGAUAAAACUCUAUUUAUGUUAGAUCGUCUGCCAAAUAUAAUGGUGCAACUGUGAAGGCUUAUUUAGAUAGCAGAGCGACAUACUUUUUAGAAUCAAAUUUGUGAUGCAUGUUAGUGUUUUAGUUCACUAUAUAAAUCUCGCUCUACUGCUACAAGACAAAGUACUUCUAUGUACUGACUAAUAAAUUAUAAACAUGCUUGUUCCAAUCAA